AUGGCCCUAGUCCAAGCUGCGUGCUCAGAGACACACUCUUCCGUUCAGAAGCUUGACACGACUGUAACGGCGACUGGGCCGGCUCUGCAACCACCCGCUGCCGCCCCAAUCCCACUUCCACUUCGAGGGUUACUGGCUCCGCGCAGUCGACCAUUUUCGCCCGUUCGAAAUGGGGAUGAAAACGAAAAAUCCAUCCAAAAGCGCGCGCGUCUAAAUGGAAUAUUUUAUGGAAUAUCUUUAUUGAUAUACUUCGGCCCAGAGAACCUUGCCCUGCUCGGAGCCUACUCGAGUCUGUGCGACCGCCCCGUUUCCCUUGGCGCAAAGCUAGACUACUAG